CGGCGCGGAGCGAUCGCCGGGCUCCCGCGGGGUUGUCUCCCCUGCUGCUUCGCGAGGGCGGAGACCGCUCUUCACGUGUCCUGCCCGCGCGUCCACACGACCCGCCCUUCCCCACGCUUCCCUGGGGCUUGGGGGUCCAGCCGCGCUCGGGAGAGGCAGCAUGUUCGCCGGGGCGCCCGUGUUGCUGAUCGCCCUGUGCCUGGCAGCGCAUCCCGUCCACGGGGGUGGAAAGAAAUUUUAUCAUGGAAUCUGUGGGGGUCGCGAUUGUACAGCCGGCUGCAAGUGCUUCCCCGAGAAAGGGGCUCGGGGUCAACCAGGACCAAUCGGGAACCAAGGAUCAAUGGGCAUUGAAGGCUUUACUGGACCAGAGGGAGUGAGAGGACUGAAAGGAGAGAGGGGUGUAACAGGACCUCCAGGUGCAGCUGGAAUGAAAGGAGACAAGGGCCCAGUGGGUGUUCCUGGAUUCCCUGGAAUUUAUGGAGUUCCGGGACACCCAGGUCAGCCAGGAUCCAGAGGUCUUCCUGGUUUAGAUGGCUGUAAUGGUACCAUUGGAAGUCCUGGUAUCUCUGGAUCAGAUGGAUUCCCUGGUCCCCAAGGACCACCGGGUCGGCCUGGUCCUAAAGGCCCCAAAGGUGAACCUGUCUAUGCCCCAGGGAUUUUUAAAGGAGUGAAGGGAGAAAGAGGUCUUCCUGGGCUGGAUGGUGCUAUUGGACCUAAAGGCUUUCCAGGUCGUUCAGGCCCUGCUGGUCCCAUCGGGCUACCUGGAUUUCCGGGACCCCCAGGCUUCCCAGGACUCCCAGGAUCUGUGGGCAGUAGCGGUCUAGUUUUCCAUGGAGAAAUAGGAGAAAAAGGAGAUGUGGGGCUGCCAGGACCAGCGGGACCUCCAUCUUCCACAGGGACAGAAGAAUUUGUUGGAUUGUCCAAAGGACAGCGAGGAGCAAAGGGAGUUCCUGGGGUAAAAGGAAUUCCAGGCCCACCAGGAGUUCCUGGACGUCCGGGUUUCUGGAGCUUUGGAGAAAAGGGAGAAAAAGGUGUCCCCGGUUUACCAGGACCCAGAGGAGACACGGGACCGAGGGGAUCUUACGGAAACGUAGGCAGAAAGGGAGUUCUGGGCGAAUCAGGAUAUCCUGGUUGGGAUGGCUCUCCAGGCGGAAAGGGUGAAUUUGGCGAUGUGGGUCCACCAGGCCCUUCAUUAAUUGUUGACAUAAAUGGUGCUGUCAUAUCAGGUCCCCCUGGAGACCCUGGCACACCAGGAACCCCUGGACCUAGAGGAGAUGAGGGAAAUAUAGGUUUGCCAGGAUUUCCUGGGCAAUCAGGACGUCCUCCAAGCUUUCCAGGUCUCCCAGGUUCAACAGGAGUCCCAGGGAUCCCAGGAUUUAGAGGUGACCGAGGAGACCCAGGAAGGACUACAGUUGGAUCUCCAGGCCUACCUGGGAAAGAUGGAGAUCCAGGGUUACCCGGAGCUCCAGGGUUACCAGGUGCUUCAGAUAUAAAACACCCAGCAGGUACAAUCUUUAGUGGAGAACCUGGGGAGCCAGGUAUCCCUGGACCAAGGGGACCCCCAGGAAUCUUCGGCUUAAAGGGGUAUAAAGGGAACGGUGGUGAUUGUGCCUGUGAUGGAGGAAUCACAAGAAUUGGCUUGCCAGGAGAGUCAGGCAGCUCUGGUCAACCUGGCAGACAAGGUGAUAUUGGACCAAAAGGAUCCUUGGGGGAUCCAGGAGAUGGCAUACCAGGUCCCCCUGGACCACCAGGCUUCCUAGGUCAAUCUGGUCUUCCAGGCCUUAAAGGACAAAAAGGGGAACCAUCUUCAGCCUCAGGAAGAGGACCUCGAGGAGAUCCAGGGAAUAUUGGACUCAGGGGUCCUUCGGGGCAACCUGGAACUCCUGGUAGGGAUGGCAUUCCAGGUGUCCCAGGUCAACGUGGACUUGCGGGUGAUGAUGGAUUUGGCUUCCCAGGGGACAAAGGUUUCCCUGGAUUACCUGGCACAAGAGGGAAGUAUGGUGACAUUGGCCUACCUGGCAUUGGUUUCCCGGGGCCAAACGGACGUUUUGGACCUACAGGUGAUCCAGGGAUUAGUGGCAUUCCAGGACAACCUGGACCUCCAGGGGCACCAGGUGAUUGCUGCUGCGGUGAGGAGGUUGGUAAUGGAGACUUAGACGCUCAGGGAGGAGAAAGUGUGCCCUGCAUAAUCCCUGGAUUCAUUGGUCCACCUGGACUUCCGGGACCUUCAGGGUUUCCAGGUAACAAGGGUAGCAAAGGAUUUCCUGGUUUUCCAGGGCAGCCAGGAUUAAAUGGCUUAAAAGGAGAACCGGGCAUACCCGGGUUGGCUCGAUUCCCAGGAAUGCCAGGGUUUCCUGGCCCUCGUGGAGAUCCUGGUUCAAAAGGACGGCAAGGAGUUGAUGGGGUCGAUGGGCUGCCUGGUCCAGAAGGCUGUCCUGGUUUGGUUGGCCCAAAUGGAUCCCCUGGUGACGUGUUUGGGGCUGAACCAGGGUCCCAAGGAGAACCUGGCUUACCUGGCUUACCAGGAGAUAAUGGCGUUCCUGGAGAUUUUGGCUUUCCUGGAACACCAGGUUUGGAUGGAAAUCCUGGCCUGUCAGGUAGAAAAGGAGGCCGUGGGGAGCCGGGUCUUCCAGGCUUUGAUGGACUGCAAGGACCACCAGGACCAGGAGGUCCAUUUGGCAUCAAAGGAAAACCAGGCCCGGCUGGAACAAUUGGCCUCCCGGGAUCACAAGGACUUCCUGGAACGAAAGGACCAAGAGGAGAUGCUGGUUCACCAGGUCCCGCCGGCAUGAAAGGGACGCCAGGUCUUGAUGGCCUGCCAGGACGGCCGGGAGAACAAGGAUUGCCUGGACCUCCAGGUCUCUGGGGCCCAGAAGGAACUCCAGGUUUUCCAGGCUCAAAAGGUGAAAAGGGCUCAGUGGGCAUGGCUGGUUUUCCUGGGAUGCCGGGGCCAUCUGGGGUCCCUGGCGUGGAUGGCCUGAAAGGAACGUUUGGUGCACCAGGAAGAAAUGGAAACCCUGGAUUUUCUGGCUUGCCUGGCCUCAAAGGAGACAGAGGUGUCCGUGGUCCUCCUGGGCCUCCCAUUUUCAGACCCCCAGAUCUGGCCCUCAGAUUCAAAGGGAACCGAGGAGAUCCUGGAUUGGUGGGGGACAGAGGAUUUCCAGGGCCAAGAGGAGAAAAAGGAGCCCCAGGUAUCCGGGGGCAGCCUGGGCUUCCAGGGAGAGCUGGAUCACCAGCUAGAGAGAAAGGACUGCCAGGAGACGCAGGUUUCCCAGGAACGUUUGGUUCUCCUGGGCUAUUGGGACAAAAGGGAUCUGGUGGCAUCUCAGGGUUUCCUGGAAUGCCUGGGGGAAGUGGUGCUGAAGGUAUUCCAGGCUCCCCUGGAUCCCCAGGAAUUACCGGAUUGCGUGGUCCAAAAGGUGACCGAGGAGAAUCCCGAGGAAUCCCAGGUGGCAUGGGAGCUAAGGGCCAGCGAGGGGACCGAGGGCUUCCAGGUAUAACAGGUGUCCAAGGAAUAAAAGGUGACCCAGGAUAUCCAGGAGGUCUUGGACUAAAAGGACAGAAGGGUUCACCAGGUAACCCUGGACAAGAAGGACCACGAGGCUUCCCUGGAUCUGGCGCUUCAAGGGGCAACCCAGGUUUUCCAGGUAAUCCUGGGCAACGUGGAACUCCAGGAUUUCCUGGAUCUCCUGGCACUGCAGGACAAAAAGGAUUCCCAGGAUUCCCAGGACUGACCGGCCUAAAUGGUUUACCGGGCACCAAAGGUUCUCCCGGAAAACAAGGCCUGAGUGAAAAUGGACUACCUGGAUCGGCAGGAAUUCCAGGUGUCAAAGGUCAACGAGGUGACCCUGGUUUCCAGGCUGGAGCUCCUGGCCUUCGUGGACUGAAAGGACCUGCAGGAGAAAUGGGUCUUCCUGGAACCCAAGGUUUCACUGGUGUGCGAGGCCCCCCUGGCAUCUCUGUGCCUUCAAGGGUUCCUGGGAAGCCUGGUGAUGCGGGACGUCGUGGAGAAGAUGGGCUGCCAGGCUUACAAGGACCUUCUGGGCCACCAGGGCCACCGGGCCCAGCCUUCAAUCAAGGUGAUCGAGGUAACCCAGGCCCCACUGGUCCUUCGGGCUUCCCAGGCCUCAAAGGCAAUGCAGGCAUCCCUGGAUUUAGUGGAGUUCCUGGUGCAUCAGGUUUCAAAGGAUUCAGAGGGGACCCAGGUUUCAUGGGAAUGCCUGGGAAAGAUGGACCACUGGGUGAUCCAGGUUUCCCUGGGCCAAAAGGCAAAGCAGGCCUUCCAGGUUUUCCUGGGCUGCAAGGAGCUCCAGGCCUAACCCAACCACCAAAAGAAGUCAGAGUUCCUCCUGGAUUACCCGGAUUGCCUGGAAAUAAUGGCAACCCUGGUUUAAAUGGAGACCCUGGCUUCCAGGGGCAAACUGGACCACAAGGUCCAAAAGGAAAAGCAGGCAUACCUGGCCUGGUGGGAUUUAAUGGUUUACCAGGUCCUUCUGGUGUGGUAGGAGACCCGGGUUCUCCAGGAACUCCAGGACUACCAGGAUUUGAAGGGCGUCCUGGGAAUCCAGGUCUGGCUGGGCUGCCCGGGAUGCCAGGUCGUAGCAUUGGGGUUGGCUAUACCUUGGUGAAACAUAGCCAGUCGGAGCAGAUCCCACCCUGUCCGGUGGGCAUGAACAAACUCUGGGAAGGUUACAGUUUGCUGUAUGUGGAGGGCCAGGAGAAGUCCCACAAUCAAGAUCUGGGUUUUGCUGGCUCCUGCCUGCCUCGCUUCAGCACCAUGCCUUUUAUUUAUUGCAACAUCGACGAAGUGUGCUACUACGCCAGCCGCAAUGAUAAAUCCUAUUGGCUUUCCACCACCGCUCCGAUACCCAUGAUGCCCGUCAGCAGCUACCAAAUUGCCCAAUACAUCAGUCGCUGCUCGGUGUGCGAAGCUCCAUCCCAAGCUGUGGCUGUCCACAGCCAGGACAUCACCAUCCCACAAUGUCCCGAAGGCUGGCGGAGUCUCUGGAUUGGCUACUCCUUCCUCAUGCACACGGCUGCCGAAGGCGGUGGCCAGUCCCUGGUCUCUCCCGGAUCCUGCCUGGAGGACUUCCGUGCCACACCUUUCAUUGAGUGCAACGGUGCCCGAGGAACAUGCCAUUACUUUUCCAACAAGUACAGCUUUUGGCUGACCACGGUGGAGGCGACCCAUCAGUUUGCUGACUCUCCCAUCUCCGAAACGCUGAAAGCGGGCCAGCUCCGGACACGGGUGGGACGGUGCCAAGUCUGCAUGAAAAAUUUGUAGCAAAGGCCUGGACAUGAGACCUUAUUCCUCCAAGACCAAGAAAUUAGCAUUUGUGUCCCAGCUGGGUAAUUGACAUCUUCCCAAAUAUCCCCAGAGCCCUCGUCUCCAUCAAAUAAUGGUGCUAUCUUUCCCACUUGUUUUUAUCUUCCUGGCUACCUCAAAGUCCUUUUCUCCUUCCCAACUACCACAUUCUCUUGGCUUUGAUAAACUAAACUGAUUUUCACAAGAUACACAAAUCUUGAGCAAAGAUUUCUUCUCAAGAUUAUGAUCGUAAGGUCUCCCCAUGUUAAGGAUUUAAGACAUGUCAGGAAUUUCACAAAUGUUUUUGCCUGCAUGCACACACUCUUCUAACUAUGUUCCUCAUUCAUAUUCAUCUUAAGUUAGCUGCUUAUUUAACAUAGUUAGCUGUCUAAAAGUGUAUCUGUUCUAUGAUCAGUGAUAUGAUCAGAUUUGAAGGUUCAGGUUUGUGAAAUCGUUAACUACAUUGAUCAAAGCCUGCCUGGCAAUCUAUUAAACAGUGAAGUGACAAUAAUAUAAAACGAAACUUGUUAGGAGAGGAAAAUAUUGGGAUUUUUCAUCCGUAACACGAGCAGGCCUAUUAGAAGGAUGAUAAUGUGCAUCUUUUGAAGAUGAAGAGUUUUUAUGGUGAUGAUGCAAUUUGAUUUCACCUGCUUGAUUAUUCAGCCCAAGAAUGUUAAUCUAGCAUUGUUACUACCCUAUGUGAUGUUUUCUUACGAAUGUUUCAGAACCUCUCCGUUUAUUUGUUAAUGUGCCGCAAGUAGCAUUCUUUCGUGGCAUCCACUGGUGCUACUCACAUACCCUCUUGAACAUGACAAAUCUUGGCUCAGAUGCCAAAGUAUGACUUGAAUUUAUCUGAUGAGACCGCUCCUUCCUUUCCGUGCUGGGACAUCUGAAUGCUUUCUGGGCUCAUGAAUCAUAGUUUCAUGUUGCAUCCAUUCUCCACUGAGAUACUAGGUGGGCAGCAAAUCCAUUUCAAGUAAUGGUUGUGGACUGUUAAUGUGUUCCACUCUGAUAACAAUCAUCCCUCGGCUUGAUCAUAGCUAUGGUUAAUUAACCAACAGAAUAAUUCUUCAGAUCUGGUGAAGUGAAAAGGAAAGAGAAUGGCAGAGAUCCAGCACAUAGGAUCACCCAAAGAAGUUAGAUGCAGAAUUCACCCUGGUGGACUAGGAAGCAACUGAACAUAUUAAGAUGAUUUACUAAAGGAAACUAUGUUAAAAACUGCUAAGUAGAAAGGCUGAGGGGUAUCUCCCAAGCUACAAUUCUGUUGGCUAAGAAUACUGAAAAUAGGAGAGACUUAGUUUACAUCUGAUAAAUUAUCCUGAUAUUCUAGCCAGGAAGGAGUGGAUUAGUAAAUUGGCAUGUUUUCUAAUUUCUCUUAGAGGUUAACUCUUUGAUGCUUCUUUGUCCAUAACUACAUGGCCAAGCUGUGAUCUACUAUCUGUAUCUUUGCUCACCUCGAGUAGUGUCUGUCCUGCUUAACCUCUUCACUUCCUUCGUUCUACAUUAUAAUAUCUGUUUGGUCCUUUUUUCUACAAGCUGUUUUUACAGCCUUAGCCCAUCUGUUUCCGCCUGGAGAAUGGGUCAACGCAAUUACCUUGAAGACUAUCUUCUUAAUUCCUUAAUAGCCUACUGAUAUUCAUGUUAUACAAAUGUUCUUGGACUUUAUACGGCCAUAAAAUGUUGAUCCAUGAAUAAUCCACUAUUACAGAUGUUGGCAUAGGACCUUAAGUUUAUAUAGCAGAUGUAUUACUCCAUUUGUAAUAGGUGUACAAGCUGGAGCAACAGUUACUAAUCUUUAACGAAGACAGUUACUUCAACUGUCUCUGUGCUCUAAAUGUACAUGAGCCUGUUGAUUAUUCAGUUGCAUGUCAUGGAUUUCAUUUCCACAUUAUUUCUUUAAAAAAAUUUUGAGGUAGCUUUGGAAUUGCUGGUGCUUGAAAUAAUAUAGUAUUAAAUAGGUUACUUUUAUGUAAAUGUAACACUGAGUAGAAGUUGGAUGAACUGACUCAUCUGCCAAUAUUACGGUUUUCUUGAUUUUAUUUUUACUAGUCUUGCAUUUUGUAAUGCACUGCUGAAAGUAUCUUCAGAGCACUGAUUAUAUUUUGACUCUUUAUUUUUUUUUCCUAAAAACUAGUAAAACAGCACGUCCACUUUGUGAGUUAUAUUCCA